AUGUUUGUCUCAUUAGUUGCUUUACCAAUUUCUAAAUUAGAUAAUGGCACUUAUGAAUAUGAUAAGGAUUGCUUGCAAUAUAUUUUUCAGCCAUCUUUAGCGGAUGAUUCCGUAACGUAUUUAGCAUCUUUUUAUAAUGUUUCAUUUGAAAAUAAAUUGAUGUUUUCUACAAAGUCAAAUGGUGGAUUAAGCUCUUUGGGAUUUAUGGUUUAUUUGGACAAUGUUAAUGAUCAUGACAAUAUUCCAAUAAAUUUAAAUCUAUUAAAUAAAGGAGUAUAUGAAAUGAUUCCUAACUCAACUGUAAAUUUAAAUCAAUACUCGCUUGAUAGUCGAAAUACCUACAGGAUCAAAAUUAAAAGAAGACUCAAAGAAGUUAUGAUGCCAAGUUGGAAAAAUUAUUUAGGAUUUCCGAUGCUCGAAAAAUUAUACUAUAUAACAUCGACAUCAGAAACGCUUCCUAAUUUAAAUAUUACUGGAUUUUCAACACCGCUUGCAACAAUAAUUAUUGAGCCAGAAUCAUUUCUAACACAAGUUGAAUCUGAUCAAAGAACUAAAACCGUUUUGAGCUCAUUGGGUCUAAUUGGUGGUGCAUGGGGAAUUAUUACAAGUUUUUAUGCAUUUCUUUUUGGCAAUGAUACUAUUAGCCCAUGGGGAAUCAUUCAAAAAUAUUGCUUCAAAAUUAGAAAUUCGGUACAAGUAAAACUAAAAAAUUCUUUUGAAAUUGUUCCAUUAGUUAGCCAUCUUAGAAUUGAUUCUAAUGAUAGAACUUCAAAACAAAUACUACAAAAAAGACUUGAGGUUUUACAAUUAUUUUUAACAGAAUACGCAAUUGAUUUAAAACAUUUAGAAAAAAUUCAAAAAAAAUCAAAUGAACAUUCAUGA